GCCCGCAUUCAUACAAACAAACAACGUUAAGCAUAAAUUUCCCACCCUAAAUAUACAGCUGCCGUUUCAAAACCCUCGCCUUAAAUUUCUGGGUAUUGUCGGAUCUGUCGGCUCUCAAUUAUUGGCCCGGCUCUGCUCGUUGAUGCUAAAAUUGGCUGUCAUUUGCUGGAGAACGACGAGGAUUUGACAAUAAUCCAGUUGCCCCGUCGCAUAUAACGGAUCUUCUCGGUAGAGGUUCCAGGAAAUGACGGUUUUGGCGUGGAAGAGCCGAAACCAGGCUGUGCUCGAUAUCAAGCGGGGUUAGAUUAAUGCGCGUCAUUUGACCGACAAUUUGCGAGAUUUGAAGUCCAGAUUCUAAUGUGGGGAGGAAUAGCUUGGCAGGGGCCUCAUGACUCAGUGGAAAAUAGAUUCUUGGUGAUUCACUGCUUAGCUAAUAAAAAGAAAUUCAAGCCUGGUUGAAUUUGAUUAGGUUUUUGAGGAACUGGGGGUUUUGGCGCUUGGGAAAAAUGAUAAUUUAGAUCUGGGAUGGAUUGAUCAGCUGAAUAGUAAUCUGUGUCACAUUGCAGCUGCUGGUGCACAAUUGGGACUUUUAGAGUUAUAUUAAUUCAAAGUAAGAUAAUUGUGGGUUCGCAAUGGGGGCUCCAUUCAAUGACGAGGUUGUCACUAUCAAGCUUGGGAAGAAUAGUGGGGAUCCUAUUGUUAUCACAGUUAAUUGUGCUGAUAAGAUUGGUCUCACUUGCGAUUUUGCCCGUGUAAUUUUUGAUUAUGGUUUGACCGUAGUCAGAGGAGAUGUGUCAACUGAUGGAAAAUGGUGUUAUUUGAUAUUUUGGGUCCUGCCGCGCCCUGGGUCACCUCGGAGAUUCCCUUGGGCAAUGCUCAGGAAGAACCUUACAUCUAUUUGUCCCCCUAAUCCUGCUCAGCUUUUCUUUGGAAUCUAUUCAGAUCCAAAGCCCCCAAAGGUCUAUGUCUUGCAGAUAUCUUUGUUGGAUCGAGCAGGUCUUCUAAAUGACAUGUCUCAAGUGUUGUGGGACCUUGAAUUUUCUAUUCAGAAGGUGAAGGCAUCGACGACUCCAGAUGGCAGAGUGAUGGACCUCUUCUUUGUCAUAGAUAACAGGGAUAUGCUUCAUUCUGAAAAGAGGCAGGUUGAAGCUUGUAAUCGCAUAAAAACUGUUCUGGGUGAAUCUGCUACGCACUGUGAAAUCCGUGUAGUUCCCGAUCUUGGGACCAUGGAUUGUGCAUCAUUCUCUUUGCUUCGGCCUUCCAUUAUUGAAGAUUUGUGCAAAUUAUCAUUAACAGAUUCCGAAACAGAUGCUAAAAGUGUAUAUGCUAAUAAAAAUGUACAAGCUACUCAAGAUUUACAAGCUAAUAAAGGUUUACAGGCUACUAAUUUCAUACAAGCUAAUGGCUCUCUCACCAGCAAAAUUUCAGUCACAAUUGAUAAUUCUUUAAGCCCUGCCCACACCCUGCUCCAGAUAUCGUGUAAAGAUCGUAAGGGUCUUUUUUAUGAUGUAUUGAGGACUUUAAAGGACUAUAAUAUCCAGAUUUCAUAUGGACGGCUUUCUACUAAUGCCAAAGGAAUCUGUGAAGUGGAUUUGUUUAUCUUGCAAGCUGAUGGAAGGAAGAUAAUAGACCCACAGAAACAAACCUGCUUGCGUUCUCGUCUGGAAAUUGAAGUUUCCCAUCCUGUACGAGUGAAGGUUGUUGAUCGUGGACCUGACACAGAACUGUUGGUUGCAUCUCGAGUAGAGAUAUGUGGAAGGUGUAGGCCGAGAGUUCUAUAUGAUGUAACAUUGGUGUUAAAGACACUAGAUAUCAGUAUUUUCACAGCUGACCUUGUCAGAUAUGCAAUGGGUGACCUCCAAUGGGAGGUGUACAGAUUUCUUUUAGUUGAUAGGCCAGAUCUAUUGCUUGAAAGCAGUCGUACUAGAAGCCAUAUAACAGAACGCAUUGAGAACAUGUUGAUUGGUUGACAAAGAAUUUUGUAUUACAAGUCUUUUUCUGGAAGUGUUGUUUGCUAUCAAGACAUGCUCCAAGUAAAAAACCACUAUGGAUUGUAACAAUUGAUGUGGAACAAAAGGCGAGUUAUUGAUCUCUAUUAAUGAUUUUCAAUCAACAUUUGAAUAUCAUGGCUAUUUUAUUAUUGC